CUUGAGCUUUUAACUGCGAUUCCUUUCACCGUGACCAAGAGGACCUACGAGGCUAGGCGCAACACCCGAACUCAAAAGAGCAGCAAGGAGCAAAAUGCAGGCCAGCAUGAGGAGUUGCAACGUCAAAAUAGUUCGCAGCGGUGUGCCUCGGACACCCUGCGUGCUUGCCGCUUCGCGCACAAAUUCGCGGCGAACCGUGAUGGUUGCGAGCAUCUCAGCCCACCCGACGCAAAAAAGGACGCCUUGUUGGCACAUGGCUCUCGUUAGCUCGCGCCAACGGGUGCUAUGCCGUGCGGACGCGGGUGCGGCACAGCCCAUGACGCUGGUGAACCUCAUUUCCGCCCUGGCGAAGGCAAGCAGCGCAUGGGAGAAGUAUGACAAGGACCGGAACGGCACCCUGUCUCUCAAGGAGUGUGAGGAUAUCUUCAACUCGGAGGAGAUCUGCGAGGCUGUGGAGAUGGUCACUAACAUGCACUGCAAACACUACACUGCCGCCGACCUGGAGCCAUACUUCAAGCGGGCCGACGGCGACCGCAGCGGCACCCUCAGCCGCAGCGAGUUCCUGGCGCUGUACCUUGCGGUCGCCACCGAGCGCGUGAAGAAGAACCCGCUGCUGCUGGCUGAGGCGCUGUUGGGCUUCAUCGACAAGGACAAGAACGGCGUGCUGGAGGGCUCGGAGGUGAAGGCGCUGCUGACCAUCCUGGGCUUCGCGCCCGUGCUCCUCAUGCCCAUCCCCGGCUUUGUCAAGAUCGAGUACAAGGCGAUUCUCAGGUCCCUGGGCGCCAGCCUCGAGGGCAGGAAGUAAGCAAAAGGGCAGGAGCUGUCGCACGUGCUCGACGUCUAUAUCGGAUUGCCUCAUUCUUUGCUUUCUGUAUGCGUUCCAUGAGUUCCGUGACUCGAAUGUUCUCGCAUGUACGAUUGUCCUUGUGACCAUGGGGUUUAGUCGAUGCGAUGACGGGCGAGGUGUGGUGACUGGUGUAGCUGACGUCGUGGGCUGACGUGCUCGUGGCGGAGCGACGAGUAGGAGGUGGUUGGGGCCGGGGUUCUUCGGUUACCUAUACGGGCAUGCUAGCGGCGGGCAUACAUGUGAUUCUUGUGCAUUGGAUCGUAAAUGUGUAUGUUGCUGGUACCGCACACCGUCGCGUAUGAUUUGUCAGCAGCGGUUAUAAUAUGUAUGCUUCCGUGAACAAUUGACACACAUGACUGAUGCUGUACGCCACGCCACACAAACGCGUACAUCAGCCCACACGGUCUGGGCCUGCCCUGCACCUGACCGGACUGCCGUUGCAUACGCGCAUUCGCGGGGCUUGCAGCUAGGCAGGACGUGUUGCAGUCAAGGUUGCAGUGAUACACCUCUCGUGCACUGUAUCCGGAGAAUAAUGUGAGUCCCCCUGCUGACUGCACGGAAUCCCUCGGGCAAUCAGUAGUAGCAUUGCAAGGCUUUAUUGGGGUCGGGUUUACAUGACAGCAAGCAGGACAGAGGUGCCCACCGGUACAUCGAUUCGUCUUUGGCGCUUGGCCAGGCUUGGCUGAGAGUUGGCUCGUGCGCCUACGUUUGUAUGUAUCCACCAAAGAGUUAUAUAUAAUCGUAACUAACUGGCAUUGUAAUGUUGCCUGCGC